AUGCUUGAUGAAUUAAUCACAGCAGUGAAAUUGUCUUUUGUUUGUUUUUUUCCUACAGAAAAAGAUGGCAAAGCCUUUCAUCCAACAUAUGAAGAAAAACUCAAACUUGUGGCACUGCACAAGCAGGUUCUGCUGGGACCUUACAACCCUGACACUUGCCCUGAAGUUGGAUUCUUUGAUGUGCUGGGGAAUGAUAGAAGGAAGGAAUGGGCUGCCCUUGGAAACAUGUCAAAGCAAAAAGCUAUGACAGAAUUUGUUAAGCUCCUGAAUAGGUGCUGUCACUUGUUUUCAACGUAUGUCACUUCCCACAAGAUAGAGAAAGAAGAACAAGAAAAGAAAAGAAGAGAAGAGGAAGAGCGAAGGCGGCGUGAAGAGGAAGAGAGUGAGCGUUUACAAAAAGAAGAAGAGAAACGUAGGCGAGAUGAAGAGGAAAGACUGAGAAGGGAAGAAGAAGAGAGGAGGAGAAUAGAGGAGGAACGACUUCGCAUGGAACAACAGAAGCAGCAGAUCAUGGCAGCGCUGAACUCCCAGACUGCCAUUCAGUUCCAGCAGUAUGCAGCCCAGCAGUAUCCGGGUAACUACGAACAGCAGCAGAUCCUAAUUCGUCAGCUCCAGGAACAGCAUUAUCAACAGUACAUGCAGCAGUUGUAUCAAGUCCAGCUUGCACAGCAACAGGCAGCCUUACAAAAGCAGCAGGAGGCAGUUGUGGCAGCGACAGGGACACCCCUGACUACUGCAUCAAAGGCAAAUGCACCUGCCCCAGGGGACACCCCAUCUAUUAACGGGCAGGCCAGUACACAUGCAGACAGCCCUGAAAAAGAGCUGGAUCCAGAGGUUUUGGAAGAAGCACUGGAGAAUGGACCAAAAGAUUCUGUUCCAGUGAUAGCUGCCCCAUCGAUGUGGACACGACCCCAGAUAAGAGACUUCAAGGAGAAAAUCCGGCAGGAUGCAGACUCUGUGAUCACAGUGGGCCGAGGAGAAGUUGUUACAGUUAGAGUACCAACUCAUGAGGAGGGCUCUUACCUCUUCUGGGAGUUUGCUACAGACAAUUAUGACAUUGGUUUUGGGGUGUGUUUUGAAUGGACAGACUCCCCUAAUACUGCAGUCAGUGUGCAUGUCAGCGAAUCCAGUGAUGAUGAGGAUGAGGAAGAUGAAAAUACUAGCAGUGAAGAAAAAGCCAAAAAGAAUGCCAACAAGCCUCAGCUCGAUGAAAUAGUGCCUGUGUACAGACGAGACUGUCACGAAGAAGUGUAUGCUGGCAGCCACCAGUACCCAGGGAGAGGAGUUUAUCUUCUUAAAUUUGACAACUCCUACUCUCUAUGGAGGUCAAAAACAGUUUACUACAGAGUUUAUUAUACUAGAUAAAGGUGUGGCUGUGUCUGAGGCUGGGCUGUGCAGAGGAUGUCAUUUUAUUUGGAAUUUUCUUCAAGCAUAAUGGAUCCUUUUGAGUCUGUGUUUUAUCCUGUCUGUAUCUGUAUGGUUUGUGUGAACUUCUAACAAGUAGACACUGGGAUCUUCCUGCUCCAUGACACUAAUGCAUAUUGCAUUGGGCUUAACAGAGGAUCUCCCUAGCUCUUUUGGGUAUUGGAGUUAACCAAUGGAAGUCAUUGGCUCCAGUGCUAAGGUCACAUCAGCUGCAUUUGUUAAAGCCUCAUGAAAAAGGGGGAGGGAGUUGCUGGCUCACUCGCUGGGUGAUCUGAUGUUUCCAGGUCUGGAUGCUUUGAAUAACUUGUUAACAGUUCAUUUAAAGGUCCCAUCAAUAACUGGUAGAUUUGGAUGCAGUUUGCUGUGUAGCAAGUUUCUCUUAACUGUAAUGGAAUGUCAGAUUUUUUACACCAUUAAAACUUGAAACUUUUAAGUU